CGGAGGCGAUACAGCGCAACAUCUUAUCGAAAGGGAUACCGACAAAAGUCCAGUGAUUUGCUCAGCUACCAGAGACUCACGUGUGGGCCACUCAGCACGCCACGAUCAACAACCAUGCCUUCAGCCGUACCGCCACCAACCGCAAGUGACAAGUCGAAGCUGCACAAAUUGGCCUUGAGGGGCGCUUCGAAAACCAUCGUAGAAUUCUUCGACUUCGCUUGCAAUACGAUACUAUUUCAACGAGGCGUCUAUCCUCCCGAAGACUUCACUACCGUCAAGAAAUAUGGCCUCAAUAUGAUGACAACGUGCGAUGACCAAGUGAAAGCGUAUGUCAAGAAGAUCAUGAGCCAAUUGAGUAGAUGGAUGCAGAAGUCGAAGAUCUCCAAGCUUGUCAUUGUCAUCACGUCGAGGGAGACCGGUGAGCACAUAGAGCGGUGGCAAUUUGAUGUCAACGUAUUUGCGGACCCAAGUAAGCUGAAACAUACCAGACUUUCAGAUGAUAAGGAGAACAGCGCACCCGAAUUACAGCAGACCUCUGUAGCAACGGAGAAAAGCGAAGAGGAGACGCAGAAGGAGAUCCAGGCACUCUUUCGCCAGAUCACAGCGUCCGUCUCGUUCUUACCGAUGCUGGACGGCAACUGCACAUUCAACGUCCUGGUGUAUGCGGACGCUGACAGCGAGGUGCCUCUCGAAUGGGGUGACUCGGAUGCGAAGGAGGUGAAGAACGCUGAGAAGGUCAUGCUCAGGAGCUUUUCGACGAACCAUCAUAGAAUCGACACGGUGGUGAGCUAUAGGCUUGCAGAAUGAACCUCCAAGCGAUGCGCUGCGGCACUCCUAACAUUCUGCAUUGUCUAAUCAGCUGCAUCGUGGACAUGACCCGGGACGCAGCACGAUUCACAGCUUCGAAGUCUCUUACGGAUAGACUAGUAUUGAGAUCAACGUCCAGUGUUCGCACCGUGCCCAGAGUGAUCAUCGCUGAAGCCGGACCCGUGUGAUCCUGCCACUGUUCGGAAUAUACAUUCCUACUUGCGCAAUAGCGAUAGAAGCAUUGUAGGAUGUUGGUUGUUGGUAUGGAUCGUGUGAUCUGCACCUUUCGCAGUGGCUGGCUGCGGUUUCGGUUGGCCUCGGUUGUGGCGCACAAGUGCCGUUGAAGGAACGCAGGAACGCGACGUCAUUCCAGAUCCUAGAUCCUAGGAUUGCAAUAACACAGAUCUGUAGCCCCUCG